AUACUGUUAUCAGAGACGGUUUUUUACUGUCACACGGAAAGACGGACGGUUGUUUGUUUAUGUUUUGCUAUGAAAGUUUAGCGACAUGCGACACGCUUUCGAUAAAUGUGCAGAUCAUCUGAGACGUCACUCGUUGUAGUGGCCGAAGCAGUGUUCAGGUCGUUCAUCCUGCUCCCCACCUGAAGUCUGGAAGUCUGUGAGCAGCGGGAUUUAGGGAGUUUUUUUUCACAUGCAGGAUGCUGGUUUUCCCUCCUGUUGCUCUAAAGGCUGACGUCAGGGAUCAUCUCAGGAAUACCUUCACAAAUGAAGAGCUGGUCUCUGAGGUAGGAGAGGAGGUCGCUGAUCGGGAGUUUGACGCUCUGCUGUCGUCUCUGUCUCAUCCGCCGUCCUUCAGCUGUGUGCGAAUCAACACACACCUGGCCCCACCACAGCAAGUCCAACACACACUGCAGCAGGAGCUCACAGGGCAGCAGCUGGGUGGUUGCCAUGGUGAGGAGGCGUCACUUGUGCCUUUGCCUCAUUCACAACUUCCAGACGUCCUGAUGUUACCCAUCCUUGGACCCAGGCGUGUGUGUGUGUUGGACUCUGAGGUGGUGGUGGGUGCGCAGUGUGGAAGCUCGGUUCUGAGAGGAGCCCAUGUGUUUGCUCCAGGGAUCUUGAGUGCUCCAAAGACUCUACAGGUUGGUGGUCUGGUGUCUGUGUUUUCUGAUGUUGAGAACAAGUGCACACGUGGAGCGAAAAGCUUUGAGGGGCAGAAAGUGUUUCUGGGAAAUGGAGUUUGUGAGAUGAGUCGCUCUGAAGUGUUCUGCUCUAAAGGGCCAAUAAGGGGAGUGGCGGUAAGGAUGACCGAUCGUUUGUACAUCACUCCGUGUUUUGACAGAGUUCUGCCGCAUCUAGUGUUUCUGCAGAACCUGCCCUCUGUGGUGGUGGGUCAUGUGCUGGGCCCCAGGCCGGGUGAGUGUGUGCUGGACAUGUGUGCUGCACCAGGAGGGAAGACCACACACAUCGCCACCCUGAUGAGCAACCAGGGAGUGGUAGUGGCGCUGGACAAGAUCCGGUCCAAAGUGGAGAAGCUCCGUGAGAACGCAGCCAAACAGCACCUGAGCUGCAUCCAGGCAUUCUGCUGCAACAGCAUCCAGGCCGUCGCCACGCCAACCAGCCCCAGCCAGAACAGCACAUGGGAUGGAGCUAACGGUCCCCCGUUCCCUGAGGAGAGUUUUGACCGGGUGUUGUUAGACGCUCCCUGCAGUGGUCUCGGCCAGAGACCCAACAUGGCCGUCAGCUGCAGUCUGAAGGAGAUCUGCUCCUACCAGCCGCUACAGAGGAAACUCUUCAGCACGGCGGUGCGUCUGCUGAAGGUGGGUGGAGUGUUGGUGUACAGCACCUGUACUGUCACUCUGGCGGAGAAUGAGGAACAGGUGGCCUGGGCCCUGAGAACCUUUCCAUCGCUAACACUGCAGCCUCAGGAGCCCCACCUCGGAGAGCAAGGCAUGCUGGGAGCUGGGCUGUCACAUGACCAGAGACGGCUCCUCCAGAGGUUCCACCCACGCAUGAGAGGGGGAGUGGCCUCUGAUGGACACACCCCCAUGCCCUGCCUAGAUGAUGCAGACUCUGAUACCAUCGGGUUCUUUAUUGCCAAAUUCGUUAAGAGCUGAUCCCAACACACACACACCUACUUAAAAACAGACUUCAGUCAUCAUAAUGUGGCAACUAAGAAAGUGCAUUAAAGACUUUUGUGCGCAA